AGGAUCUCGGACUUUCACCUUCACAGCUUCAGGCGCGAGGCAAAGAGUAAGAGCGCGCGCAAAACCAACUCCGAAGCGAGCGCCCACAGGGGAGGCGAACUCCUCGCGCCUAGUAGCCAACGUCACGAGAGUUGAUUUUUGGGGCGGCAUCUUCGCUUUGAAGUUUUGAGAAAGUGAAGAAGAUUCCUAGGCUAUAAAAGAUGAAGAGACUACUUUUCCUGGUGCUGAUUUCUUUCUGUUGGGCUGACCAUCAUGCUGCCAACUUCACUCUGGAGCAUGACAGGAUUAUUCACAUCCGUGAAAAUGGACCUCGCCUCCUUGUGGAAGCAGAGCAAGCUAAAGUCUUCUCGCAACGGGGUGGCAAUAUUACACUGCCAUGUAAAUUUUAUCGUGACCAUGCAUCAUUUGACUCAGGAGCCCAUAAAAUUAGGGUCAAGUGGACCAAACUCACCUCAGAUUACCUCAAAGAAGUGGAUGUCUAUGUUGAAAUGGGAUACCACAAAAAGAGCUAUGGAAAUUACCAAGGAAGGGUCUUCUUGAAGAAAAGCACUGAAAAUGAUGUCUCCCUUGUAAUCACAAAUAUAAUUCUUGAGGAUUAUGGAAAAUACAAAUGUGAAGUGAUUGAAGGUUUAGAAGAUGACACAGCUGUUGUAUCUCUGGAUUUAGAAGGCAUUGUAUUUCCUUACUUCCCACGACUGGGUCGCUACAACUUAAACUUCUAUGAGGCUCAGCAAGCCUGUCUGGACCAAGAUGCAGUUAUAGCUUCAUUUGACCAGUUGUACGAAGCAUGGAGAGGAGGCCUGGACUGGUGCAAUGCAGGCUGGCUCAGCGAUGGGUCAGUGCAAUACCCCAUCACAAAACCCAGGGAGCCUUGUGGUGGAAAGAACACAGUGCCUGGAGUUCGGAAUUAUGGCUUCUCAAAUAAAGAUCAAAGUAGAUAUGAUGUCUUCUGUUUUACAUCUCAUUUUAAUGGCCGUUUUUACUACCUAAUACAUCCAACCAAGCUGACCUAUGAUGAAGCUGUGCAAGCCUGCCUCAAAGAUGGUGCACAGAUUGCUAAAGUAGGCCAAAUAUUUGCAGCCUGGAAACUCCUAGGAUAUGACCGCUGUGAUGCCGGCUGGCUGGCUGAUGGCAGUGUUCGGUACCCAAUCUCCAGGCCAAGGAAACGCUGCAGUCCUACUGAAGCAGCAGUACGCUUUGUGGGCUUUCCAGAUAAAAAGCACAAGCUCUAUGGGGUCUACUGCUUCAGGUCAUACCAGUGAAUGUACCUAGAGCACAACAACAUCCGAUCCAUCAUGUGAAGGAUUUUGUUUCAAUACGAACUCAUACAAGUUACCAAAACUGUGAUAAAUCUUUUUUACUCCCUGUAAAGAGUCAUUUUCAUA